AAAGAAGAAAAAUAAGGAGCGAAUUUUCGUUGCAGGACUGGAGGACAUCAGGAAGAGAAUGCAAGCUGCGGUACGGAAACGUCAAAGCAAUGCACCCCGGUCGUCAACAAACCCCAGCCAACCAGGGUCCAAGCCAGAGGGGUCAUCAAUGAAGAGUCCACAGUUCCACUUUGACCUGUGGUUCUAUCUCACAGUGCAAAACUGGGUACUGGACUUUGGAAGGCCCAUUGUAAUGAUCCUUCUCCCUCUGGAGUGGUUCCCCCUGAACAAGCCCAGUGCUGGAGACUACUUUCAAAUGGCCUACAAUGUCAUCACGCCAUUCCUACUGCUCAAGCUGAUUGAGCGGAGUCCCAGGGCCCUGCCUCGCUCCGCCGUGUACCUGAGCAUCAUCACCUUUGUGAUGGGCGCCAGCAUCCACCUGGUGGGCGACUCCAUCAACCAUCGUCUGCUGAUGAGUGGCUACCAGCUCCACCUGUCUGUCAGAGAGAACCCCAUCAUCAAAGACCUCACUGCUACACUGAUUGAUUCGUUUGAGCUUCUUUAUUUUUAUGAUGAACAACUGGGACAUUUGAUGUGGUAUAUUCCUUUCUUCAUCAUCCUCUUCCUCUACUUCACUGGCUGCUUUACUCACGUCAAAGAGGAGAAGACAAUGCCCCUGUCUGGUUGGCUGCUACUCGGACCCAGUGCCCUCUACUAUUGGUACUUGGUCACAGAGGGUCAGAUCUUCCAACUCUUCCUCCUCACCUUCCUAGCUAUGGUAGCCACGGUGAUCCACCAGCGGCAUAAGGGCUCUGUCCCAGACGCCAAUGGCCUCUUUCUGUUUGUCAGCUUCUCUGUCACCAUGUGCCUGGUGGCCGUGUGGGUGGCCUGGCUGUGGAGCGACCCGGUGCUGCGUAAGAAAUACCCCGGUCACCUGUACGUCCCCGAGCCCUGGUCCUACUACACAUUACACGUUAAGGACAGCCACUGAUAGGAGUGACAACAGAAUUGACAGGUCUGAAACUUUCCUGCUCCAGAUAAAUGGUCUAUCUGCUCCGCUCCCGAAUGUCAGAAUGACAUCAUCAGCAAGCGCCACAUGGAGUGUGGAUCGAGCACAGUGUUGUGCUGCAUUCUGGGACAGGCCCCUCUUUUCUACAGUUGCACCCCACCACUYCCCCAACCCCGUCCACAUGACAAUGACCAUCUUACAGUAUGCAMUGUUAYAGUAUUCAUUUAAAAUAAGCCAAACUUUGAAAUGGACUCAAAGAAAGGUCAGUGUUGGAUGUACUUGAACAUCAUUGUAUUGAUUCAAGUAAGUUGUCUGAACAUUUCAAUAUCAGAUAUUUUUWGUAAUAAAUGUUUCUUACUCCA